GCUGCCUGAGCGUCUCCGGCCGGGAGAGUAGGCGGAGCGGGGCGGCGCAGCGCUGGAGGACGGUGGUGGCGGAGCUGCUGGGGGCGGAGGCUCCGUAGCCCCCGCGGAAAAGGAGCCCGGCGGCGCCUGCCGAGCCGAGCCGAGGAUGGAGAGCCGGCCGGGGUCCUUCCAGUACGUCCCGGUGCAGCUGCAAGGGGGGGCGCCCUGGGGCUUCACCCUGAAGGGGGGCUUGGAGCACUGCGAGCCACUCACGGUGUCGAAGAUUGAAGAUGGGGGCAAGGCAGCCUUGUCCCAGAAGAUGAGGACUGGUGAUGAGCUGGUGAAUAUCAAUGGCACUCCAUUGUAUGGCUCCCGCCAAGAGGCCCUCAUCCUUAUCAAAGGCUCCUUCAGGAUCCUCAAGCUGAUUGUCAGGAGGAGAAACAUCCCUGUCAGUAGGCCGCACUCAUGGCAUGUGGCCAAGCUAUUGGAGGGGUGCCCUGAAGCGGCCACCACCAUGCAUUUCCCUUCUGAAGCCUUCAGCUUAUCCUGGCAUUCCGGUUGCAACACAAGUGACGUGUGUGUACAGUGGUGCCCCCUCUCCCGACACUGCAGCACUGAGAAAAGCAGCUCUAUUGGCAGCAUGGAAAGCCUGGAACAGCCAGGCCAAGCUACCUACGAGGGCCACCUCUUACCUAUUGACCAGAAUAUGUACCCCAGCCAGCGUGACUCAGCUUACAGCUCCUUCUCAGCUAGCUCAAAUGCCUCUGACUGUGCCCUGUCUCUUAGACCAGAGGAACCACCCUCCACAGACUGUGUCAUGUCAGGCCCAGGGCAAACUAAAGCCAUUGAUGGCCGACCUAAUGUAUCUGAGACUUCAGGAAGUAGUCACAGUACCAGUGGGGACCAUGAGACCUCUGCUUCUCAUGAAUCAUCCUGCCCAGAGGAGGGCCAGCACUCGGGACCUGCCAAGAUGGUCCAAGGUCCACCAGAGCCUCCAGUGAGGCGGGACAGCCUUCAGGCCUCUAGAUCCCAACUCCUCAAUGGAGAGCAACGCCGUGCAUCUGAACCUGUGGACUCAUUGCAACAGAAGGAGAAACAAGGCUUAGACACAGCGCUGUCUACAAGGAACCCUAACCAGUUCUGCUGUGUAAGUGGGCAAGACCAAGUGACAGGUGAGGGUCACCAGAACUGUGAGCCCAUCCAGCCUUCUGAAUCCAGCCAGGAGGACUCUGAGCAUCUACUGAUAGAGGGCUCCUCUAAAGCUCUUGAUUCCCCAAAAACACAUGACAAAGGUUCCAGCAGAGAGUUCAGCCUGGUCAAGGAGGCAUCAGCAGAUUUGGUUAACACUUUGACCUUUGGUGCCAUUCCACGCCUCCGAGGAACCACAGAACAUCGUCAUAGUGCCCCUGAGCAGCUGCUGGCGUCCCACUUGCAGCAAGUGCACCUUGAUUCCAGAGGUAGCAAGGGGAUGGAGUUGCCAACUGGGCAGGAUGGGCACCAGUGGACUGUGUCCCCUUUGCAUAACAUCUCUAAGGGAAAGAAAAGUCCAGGUUUCCUCACAGGAGACACUCAGGACCAGCCUAGCAAUGAAAGGAAGACCAAGCUCAUAGAUGAUAAGCUGAUGGGUUUGGUACACCGGAGCCAAAGUGGUUCCCCACUUGGAGAGGUUGAUGGACACCUGCCAGAACGAACUUACUUGGACCCAAACAGAGCAAGCAGAACAGGCAGUGACUUGGCCAGCCAGCAGCCCUCUGCCACUUGCUCCUCCAUUCAACAAGCUAGAGACUUCUUUUCAACUUCUAAAGUAGCUGGUCACGCAGAAACAACUGAAGAAGGUAACAGUGAGGCCAAGGAAUGUGGCCAAUUAGGUGGCAGAAGAAGUGGAGGCCCCCGGGGACGCUCCAUCCAAAACCGGCGGAAGAGUGAGAGGUUUGCUACCAAUCUUAGGAAUGAAAUUCAGAGGAGGAAAGCCCAGCUCCAGAAAAGUAAGGGUCCAUUGUCACAAUUCUGUGACACUAAGGAGCCAGUGCAAGAGACCCAAGAGCCUCCAGAGAGCCCUCCACUCUCUGCUUCUAACUCGUCUCUUCUGUCUUCACAUAAAAAUGUCCCCAGCCCUGGAGACAAGCUCUUCAACAAGAACAUGAUGCUCAGAGCUAGGUCUUCAGAGUGCCUCAGCCAGGCCUCUGAGAGCUCCAAAGCUAGGGUAGACUUAGAGGGAAGGAUAAGCCCUGGCCAGAGGUCUGGCCACUCUUCUUUGGGCCUGAACACCUGGUGGAAGGCGUCUGACUCAUCCUCCUUAGACACUGACAAAGCAAAUGCUCCCCAAGGGGUCUGUGGAGGUCACUGGAGAUGGUCACCAGAAUAUAACCCACAGCCACAGGUGCCAUUAUCCACAGAAGGUUCUUCCAGCCCAGAUGACAACAAAGAGUCAAAGACAUCUACUGCUCAAGCUGGAGAGGAAGCCAUCCUCUUGCCAUUUGCAGACAGACGAAAGUUCUUUGAAGAGAGCAGCAAAUCCUUGUCUACAUCGCAUUUGCCAGGCUUAACUACUCAUAGCAACAAGACUUUUCCCCAGAGACCAAAACCCAUAGACCAAAACUUCCAGUCAGUUAGCUAUAGGGAAUUGAGAUGCCAUCCCCUAGACCAAUCAUAUCAUUCCACAGACCAACCAUACCAUGCUGCAGACCAGCCGUAUCAUGCCAUGUCACCACUUCAGUCAGAAACUCCCACUUACCCAGAAUGUUUUGCUACCAAAGGCCUAGAAAAUUCCCUGUGCUGUAAGACACUUCACUGUGGAGAUUUUGAUUAUCACCGGACCUGUUCCUAUUCCUGUAGUGUUCAGGGAACUGUAAUGCAUGAUCCCUGCAUUUAUUGUUCUGGAGAAAUCUGUCCUGCAUUGCUAAAGAGAAAUUUGUUGCCAAACUGCCACAAUUGUAGGUGCCACCACCACCAAUGCAUUCGGUGUACAGCUUGCUAUCAUAAUCCUCAGCAUGGUGUCCUUGAGGACAGCAGCCUGGCAUCUGGAAAUGCUUGGAAACCCAGGAAGGCAUCACUACAGGAAUUUCCUGGGGACAAGUGGAAACCAAUAGCAGGCAACAGGAAAACUAGCCAUUCAGGGAGGGAAAUGGUGCAUUCUAAGGCCAGCUUUUCAUGGUCUACUCCCUUCCAUCCUUGCCUUGAGAACCCAGCACUGGACUUGUCAAACUACCGAGCAGUCUCUUCUCUUGACCUCCUGGGAGACUUCAAACUUGCAUUGAACAAAGCAGAGGAAUCUUCCGUUUAUGAGGAUGGGAGUUCUGUUGCCUCCAUGCCACGCCCACUGCGAAGCCGAGCCUUCUCAGAGAGUCACAUCAGCUUAGAGCCUCAAAACACCCGGGCCUGGGGAAAGCCUCAGAGGGAACCGUUUGCUAAAGGCAAUGAGACUCAGCCAGAACUCCUUGGGGCCCGAAAGAAGGCUUUUCCUCCCCCUCGCCCUCCUCCUCCCAACUGGGAAAAAUAUAGGCUUUUCCGUGCGGCCCAGCAACAGCAGCAGCAGCAGCAACAGCAGCAGCAGCAGCAGCAACAGAGGUGUGAUGAAGAAGAGGGAAUAGAGGAGGAGGAAAAGGAGCAGGAGCAGGAGGAGGGAGUAAAGGAGGAGGACCUACCACCCCAGUAUUUUAGUUCAGAAACCCCUGGUUCCCGUGCCCCAAAUCUAGAUGAGGGCCUGGAGCAGCCACAGACCCUGAAGUUGGGCCACCUGGAGACCUCAAGGCAGGCUACACAGAGUCUACCAGAGCAAGAGGCCUUUGCUCUGCAUCCCAGUGAUUUUGUGCCUCCACUAAGGGGCCACACUGGAGCGCAGCCUGAGAAAGCUCAACCUCCUUGCUAUCAUGGCACUCAUGGACUAUGGAGGACAACUGAGCAGGAAGCUACUGUGACCCCAAAACAAGAGUUUCAGCACUUCUCACCUCCUCCAGGGGCCCCAGGAAUCCCUACCUCUUACUCAGCGUAUUAUAAUAUCUCUGUGGCCAAGGCAGAACUGCUGAAUAAGCUAAAAGAGCAGCCUGAGAUGGCAGAGGCAGGCCUGGGAGAGGAGGGAGUUGACUAUGAACUGGCUCAAAAAAAGAUUCAGCUCAUUGAAAGCAUUGGUCGGAAACUUUCUGUCCUGAGGGAGGCCCAGAGAGGGCUACUGGAUGACAUCAAUGCCAAUUCUGCCCUUGGAGAGGAGGUAGAGGCCAACUUAAAAGCUGUUUGCAAAUCCAAUGAGCUUGAAAAGUAUCACUUGUUUAUUGGGGAUCUGGACAAAGUGGUCAACCUGUUGCUGUCACUGUCUGGACGACUGGCCCGGGUAGAGAAUGCUCUCAACAGCAUCGAUUCAGAGACCAACCAGGAGAAGUUGGUGCUGAUGGAGAAGAAGCAGCAGCUGACAAGUCAGUUGGCAGAUGCCAAGGAGCUGAAGGAGCACGUGGACCGCAGGGAGAAGCUGGUGUUCAGCAUGGUCUCCCGAUACCUGCCUCAGGACCAGCUCCAAGAUUACCAGCACUUUGUGAAGAUGAAAUCUGCUCUCAUCAUUGAACAGAGAGAGUUGGAGGAGAAGAUUAAACUUGGGGAAGAGCAGCUUAGAUGCCUCAAAGAGAGCCUGCACUUGGGGCCCAACAAUUUCUAAAUCUGCCAGUGCCGCUGCACCCCUGCCUACCCACAAUGGAAAGUGUUUUCAACCUUUAGUAGCAGUUUGCUAGCCAAGUGUAUAGAAAUUACUUAGCAGAUGGUGCCAGCCAUGGAGGAGAGCCUGGGAAGACCCCAGGCUUCUACCUUGCAGAGCUGCAGCAAGGUGUGGUUGUACCAUGUUCUUUCUCUGUGAGUGGGAACCACUCACUGCCCAUAGAAAUGAUAAAGUGCCUUCAUCUCUGUACUAGGACACCAAAGAUGCCCCAAACUCAUUAUGUUCCCUUGCCACACUAUCCUCUUCAUGUUCACAGCAAAACUGCCUGUGCAAUUUCCCUCUUCUCUAGGGCUAGUGACCUAGCUUAGCCAUUGUCCACGCACAUUGGCUUGACUUGAAUGCAUUCACCUGACACCAGCUUCAGGCCCUCACCCAAACUUCGCAGCAGGAGGCACAAAAGGAAAAAUGGCGUAGAAGGGGAGCAAAUGUUGGGUAUACCCACGGAUUCAUCCUCCCCUCCAGUAAAACCCAGGCAUAAAUGAAGUGGUUCCAUGUCUACCCUUCCUGACAGCUAGUUGACAGUGUUGUUGCUGUGGCCUUCCUGUCUUAACAUGAUGGACCGCUACUUUAAUUGUAUCUUGCCCUGAUAUCACCAGGAGUCAUCUGCCAGGGCUUCCCUCUCUGAACCUCUAAUGUUUCAAUUGCAGCCGACUUCUGGAUAUAGUUCCAUUAUUGGGGGAGAGGGUUCUUAUUAUAUUGUAAAUGGUCUUUGAUUUUAUUUAUUUUUAUGUUUUCUUUUUUACCUAAUGAGGCAGGAAGAAAUAAGUUAGAGAAGGGGAAGUUAGCCAGAAGGAAAACCUGAGUCCACCCUGGCUGGGUAAGCAAGUGCCAAGGCAUUGAAUUCUUCCUACCAUAGCUUCAAGUAUCUAAGAAAGUUCUCCUCUUGAACUCAUAGCCUCCCUACCAUAGCUUGACUAUUUGCUUCCUUAGUAGAGGUCACUGUUUUCUAACCAGAGUACUGUCCUAAAACUGACAACUUUAGGAUGCAUGGAUGCAUGAAGGUGAGGGUGCUUUCUCAGCGGCUAGCCUCAAGGAAGCAAAACUAUGAGAGUGUUUUUAGCCAGGGCCAGGCUCCAGAAAAUAUUAGGAUCCAUGCAGGAUCUAGACAACAGUAUCCCAUCUUAUCUUCUGGGCCUAAGUACUAAAGCGUCCCCUCUGGUGGAUGCCUAGAUCUUGGAUAGUUCUAAAGCCUGUAUAUACCACAAUUGUUAAUCUUAUCACUGAAGGGACUAAUAAGUGACUAAAGAGAGGUAGCCUAUAUAGCAUGGAUACACUGGAUAAAUAGAUGAUUCAUGAUCCAUGUGGAAUGGAGCAAAUUUUAUCACACUACUCAGAAUGGCACAUAAUUUAAAACUUUAUCCCUUCUUUUUACUCUAUAAUAUCAUAUUUAGUAUUUCCAAACCAUGGCUGAUCAUGAGAACUGAAGCUAUGGAAGGUGAAACCACAGAGAUUAAUGUACAAAGAACUAGAGCUGUUGCAUUUGCCAAGACCUGACAUUGGUAGCUAGCUUUUGUCUUGGAAAAACAUUUAGGAGGGCAAGAGGGAAAUUACCGCCAAAGUGUCCUUUUUUCUAGCUCAGUCUUAUGUUCUCCCCUAACAAUACAACAGAAGCCCAAAGGAACCAAGCCCUGGCAUUGCUACACGUUACUGCUGACUUCCUCAGGGUCCUGAGGUUCAUUGUAGCUGCAGUGUUACCUCAUUGAACCAAAGAAUUUACAAAGGAACUUCACUGCUGCUACAAAUACUGGUCACUAUCUUCCAUUAUCUCCACCCCGUGUCAGACCUUUGGGAGGAUCUUGGCCAGCAGGAUAUUCUAAAGAGGUGGCAACCUUUUCCGUGGGUUUCUGGGUAUGCUUUUUAUAGUACUGCUGCCUCUGUAAUAACCACUGUUACUGUGUCAGUACUGCCAUUCUCCCCUCAAGUGGAAGACUGCAAUUUAUCUUAGAUAUAACCCCAAAUCUAUACUGAGUAUGAAGCUCUGUAGCCGCUAUUUUAUGCUAUGCUGUGCGGUGCUGUGCAAUGUUGUGCAGUGCUGUGCUGUGCAUGGCUGUCCAGUGGUGUUCUGUGUGACACUGUUCUGUUCUGUUCCGUGCUAUUCUAUUCAGGAUGGCUACAAGCUUACCCAAAGGAAAACUGGGAGAGGUAAGCAAAUGCUAUGAAUAAAGGACACACUUGCCUUACCUUCUUUUAACAAUGGGCCCUAGGACAAUCAAAGUUCAAAUGUCUUAUACUAGGAUGAUGAAAGUUAUGUGAUAUGUAUCUUUUGAAGAUGUGUGAGAGUUAUGUGUUUUAUCAUUUGAAGAUAUGUUUGGUUAUAGUAGAGCAAGGACCAGUCACUGUGCUGGAUAUCAUGGCCAUAGGGUAUUUGUAGCCUCUGUUAUGUUUAUUAUACCUUAAGUAUAUGAUACCAAAAAUACUAUUAACUGUGGUUUGUGUUUGUUUGUUGUUUUAGCAUUGUUGGAGGUGGAACCAAGGCCUUAUGUAUACUGGGCAAGUGCUGUAUCAUUGACUACAGCCACAGCCUUAAUUCUUGUUUUUUGUUACUCAUCCCACCUCAAAAUAGUUUGUAGAGUUGGAUUCAGAAUACAGAGAGUAUUUGGAAGAUAACCUCAAAAAUAUACUGAGUGGCAAAGCUCAAUAGACUAAACUAACACUGGCAUGCCCUACUACUGCUGUGGCAUUUCCACAGUGGGGAAUAUCGCUGCAAAGUGCCAGUACUACUUGGCAUGGGAUAUCUCUUUCUGGUCUUGGUUUCUGGGAUCAGCCGUCUUCCAAGGCCCGAGAAGAUAGCAGUGUGAAAGUAGGUCAAAAGAUUGGCAACCCCCACCCAAAGGUGACUUGUCUUCCACUCUUUCCCUGCAAAUACUUACAUCAACCUCACUGGAUAAUAGGAAAGCAGGGUGGUGGAUGGAAGGGAGUCAGUGCAAUAUUACUAGCACACACCUAUCCUCCCCCAUCCCCAGGGCAAGUCCCAUGACUGAAACCUCAGAUGAGAUCUAGAAGUAAAUACCCAAGUAGAAUCUAAGAGAGUGAGACAGAUAUACUGGAAUUAAAGCCCUAAACCGGGAGAAGGUGGAUGCAUGGGAAGAGAAAGAGAGUAAAAAACAUUUAAAAACCUCUUUCAAGAUUGGGCUCAUAUUUCUGUUUGCCACUUAACCUCGUGUGCCAAAAAAGGCUGCCUAGGGGGUACCAGAACUACAUCUUCAACUGCAGCCUCCCUGAAGGUGCUGCUUUUAUAGUAGCAAGCCUCAGAUAGAAGAAGUUGGGUGUGUUUCUGGCUACCUCUACCCAUGUGGAACUUGGCAGCUCCCUCUCACUGCCAGAGGAGCUGUGUAGGCCAAUAAUAAUUCUGUGGCAGAACAUUGUAUUAUUUGAAGAUUGAAUCCUUAGAAGGGGGUGGGGCAUGGGGCAGUGUAUAUAGAUAAGGAAUCAGUAUUUGCUGUACAAUUUUGGGGAGUUGUCUAUCCCAUGUAAUGCUAUUGUUUUUCUGAAUCUUACUGUUUCUGUCUGCAUGUCUGUCCUCCACCACACCCCUCUUGGCUGGCAAUGAUAUGCCUGCCAUAUUGUCAUCAAGGGUCUUACUUCAAUAAAAGGUGCUAAGGACAACA